AUGUUCUGUCCAAUAGAAAAGAGAACUAAACUGCCACCAGGAAUUCUACAGCCUUUGCAGACGCCAUGCCGGAGCCUUCCAAAGAAGGGCUCCAAGAAGGCCGUGACCAAGGCGCAGAAGAAGGACGGCAAGAAGCGCAAGCGCAGCCGCAAGGAGAGCUACUCGGUGUACGUGUACAAGGUGCUCAAGCAGGUGCACCCCGACACCGGCAUCUCGUCCAAGGCCAUGGGCAUCAUGAACUCGUUCGUCAACGACAUCUUCGAGCGCAUCGCGGGCGAGGCGUCGCGCCUGGCGCAUUACAACAAGCGCUCGACCAUCACGUCCCGCGAGAUCCAGACGGCCGUGCGCCUGCUGCUGCCCGGCGAGCUGGCCAAGCACGCCGUGUCCGAGGGCACCAAGGCCGUCACCAAGUACACCAGCUCCAAGUGAGGCGCUUCGGCCCCUGUCAAACCCAAAGGCUCUUUUCAGAGCCAC